AUGUCGCAACAAGCCUCGCUCCAGUCUUUUUUUACCCAGUCUUCCCAGCAAGGGACAGCCCCUCCGCAGAACAGGAACACUCCGGUUCCUGACCCAACCCCAUCCGGAGCUCAGGAACAAGAAUUCUCCUCGACCUUUGCAUCAGAAUCCGACUACAACGACCCAUACCAGCCGAGAAUUGACUACCUCUACCCGAGCGUUGUCCCCCAGGACACUCACACCCAGACGGACCUGAACUAUAUUACCUGGGCCAUCAGACAUGCCACCAGCUGA